AUGAGGCUCAUUAGUACCAAGACCCUCGAGCUCGAAGAGUUCUUCGAUAGUCACGUCCCCGACUACGCCAUCUUGUCCCACACGUGGGCCGACGGCGAGGUCUCUCUCCAGGACUGGGCCGACAGGAACAACCGCCGUUUCAAGCCAGGCUUCCAGAAGAUUGUCAAGGCGUGCGCCGAGGCCGUCAAAGAUGGCAUCGACUACAUGUGGGUGGAUACCAAUUGCAUCGACAAGACCAGCUCCGCAGAGCUGUCGGAAGCCGUCAACUCGAUGUUCAAGUGGUACCAGUGGUCCGUCGUCUGCUACGCGCAUCUCGAAGACGUGUCGCAUGCCAGCAUCCAAGACUGCAGCGAGCCGGACAGCGAGUUUCGAAAGGCAAGAUGGUUCACAAGAGGGUGGACGCUCCAGGAACUCAUCGCGCCGACCGUGGUCAAAUUCUUCUCAAACGACUGGCAGGAGAUUGGAGCCAAGGCAGACAUGACCUUGGCAUUGACGAUCUCGGAAGUCACUGGGAUCUCAGCGUGGUGUCUGCGCAGGGGACAAUUCUCCAAAUUGAACCCGCUGCGCGGUUACAGCAUCGCUCAGAGGCUAUCGUGGGCGUCCAGCCGCUCCACCACUCGCGUCGAAGACCAGGCGUAUUCGCUCCUCGGACUGUUCGACAUCUCGAUGCCCCUCGUGUACGGGGAAGGAUCGGAAGCUUUCGCGCGCUUACUGGAGGAAAUCAUGCGCAAGUAUACGGACCACAGCAUACUCGCCUCGCAGCUGCGAUACGUUGACUUUUUGCCCCGGUCGCCAAAGGAGUUUUGCGAGUCGCAGUUUGUGGCCACUGGAAAGUCAACGCAACUGAGAAAGCACUACACGCCCCAGAUCCAUUCUUAUCCGUUCCAGAUGACCAAUUCGGGGCUUCAGAUGACUCUCCCGAUCGUCGCCACCCUCGCGCCGGCCUUCGUCUUCGGCGUCCUCGAUUGCUGGGAUGCCACCUCUGGGACGACGCAGACGACUCGAUCUCUGUACCGCAUAUGGAUCCCUUUGGUGCGCAAAGGGCCUGAGAAGAUACGCCAGUUCACCAGAGUACUAUGGCCGUCUCCCUUCCUUCCCGUGCGUUUGGUGUCGGAUCAUGAGCUCGACAUGAAUCAAGGCCCCGGGCAGUCUGGUCUGACCAAGAAGGUCGUGGCGCUGGCGCUCCCUAGCCGAGACGACGCAGCGCUGGGGCCGAUCGACCUUGUGCCACCUGACUCCUAUCAGGACAUUUUGAUCCAGAAGCCGUACGCGACGACCUUGUCUGUGCCUAAAUGGCAGCCUCGCGAGGCUGGUAGCCCGUUUCUGAUCUGCUUACCAAGAGGCCCGGCAAAAUAUCGACUAUACGGUGUCUUUCCGCAAUCCAACGAUGCCGAUGAGCUAUUUCGCGAGCAAUUGUCCUCAGCAUUGCCACUGGUGCAGUCUCGUCAACUGCCACAGCUAGGCCGGGUCUGCUCUCCCACGAGCGAGGGUGAUGAAGGCGUGCAGCAGACAGCCCCCGACAUUCAUGGUGCAAUCAUCGUAUUUAAAGAGCGCCGGUCCCAGCCACCUCGGUUUGUCGCAGUCUGCUUGGCCAACGUACCGGAGACAGACGAAAACGGGGCCACAAUCUAUGAUCCUAAGUGCAUGAUCAUCCCUAGCUGGAGACCUGAUAAUGUGGACGACCAAAAAGACGCUAUGAGCGGAGUGAAUGUGCGAGAGCUUGCGAGAACCGAUGCCAACGGCGAUCUGCUUGUCACCGUUCAAAAGGCUCCGUGCCCGAGCAAUGCGACGGCCAAGGGGAUGGAGCAUCGGUUCGUCGGACUUACCCAGAUCGUCUUUGAUCGCAACGAGUUGAUUGUGGAGCAAGCGAGAUUGAGUGCACUCAACGCGUUCGUAAUGCCGGGCAUGUUGGCUUACAUGGGCAAGACUUGCUCAGAUGAGGAGUAG